AAAUGCCUGCUCAUAAUUAUGAGGAAGUAUCAGAUCCUGUAGAGAAAAUGCUCCAAAAAACAGGAUGCAUAAAAUUACACUAUAAAGUACAGGAAUGCAUAGCUGAAACUCAAGACUGGCGUAAGUGCCAAGAUAUUGUUAAAGAAUUUCGAACUUGCAUGGAAGCGUAUAACGCUAAGCGUUCUAUUCAAAAUUAAAA